AUGCAUCAUCGCUUUCUUUUCGCGGGUUCGUCGACGAUUUCUGCCGCCGAGCAGGGCGGCGAUGGUGACGACGACGACGAUAACGGUCUUCUCCUCGGAAAAGGAAAAGAAGAUGACGAGCACGAAGAAGUGCUUUUGGGGGUCGUCGUCGCGGAGAAACAUCGACCGAAAAAGGCGUUCGUUUCGCCUUUAACGAUGACGACGAAAGAGAGCGGUGGCGGCGCUCAGUCUUGGAUUCGGACACUUUUCUUUGUCGCGGCGUUCUUAUGUUUCGUGUUGUUUUACGAGGAGACUUUGGCGGUGAGGAAGACGCUGAGAGCGCAGAUGACAACGUUUGGUAGCGGCGGACGCGGCGCGAGCGUCGCGGAGGAUCGCAGUCGGAGUAGGAGGAGCGCGGUGGUACCUCGUCGAGAUUCUUCUUCUUCUUCUCUUGGUGCUAAUAUUUCUUCUCCUAUAUCUUCUCCUCCCAUAUCUUCGGCUUCGUUGCGAAGGCACUUUGUGAGCGGCGAAGACCGGGACGGAUUUUUUCAUCGAUUCUUCGAGAAGAAUUUCCAAGACGUGGAGAAGUUUGGGCAGAACGAGAAACUUUCGAGAGAGCGGAUGCGCGCGGCGGUGAGAAGAGACUCUAGGAAGCUGGCGUUAUACGCGUUACGGCGAAAUACUAAUAACCCUAGCAAAAGCGUGUUUGAAUGGGUUCGGUUGGAAGGGCAGACGCAGUGGUGGUCCACGAAUGGCUUUCACGAAUUCAUGCGCGAUAAAGUCGCGGAUAUUGGCCAAAAGUACCUCCAAGACGAUUUUAAGGAGACGUGGUUUUUGAUCAAUUGUUUCGACGAGCCUUUGAUGAUGGGUGAGUGCCCGAAACAGCAGCAACUGUCCAAUUUGCACGGGUUAAUCCAGAGAAGGACGUCGCCGUUUUCUUUUAGUGGAGAUGGCGUGGUCGUGUGGAGCAUGGCGAAGGUGGACGGAUGUCACGACGACUUGCUGUUUCCGUUUCCGGAUUAUUUCAGGCACGCCAAGAAUUACAUCACAAAAGAUGCGGAUAGAAAUAAAGGAGGCGUCUCAUCGAUACUAAACGCCACGGAACGUUCGUCGUGGGAGCAGUUUCAGCUUCGCAAGGAUCCGAGUUGGGACGAACGUUCGAACGAUAUUAAAUUUAGAGGAUCGUCGACGGGAUCGAGGACGCCGGAGACCAACUUGCGCAACAGAGUGAUUAAAGAUUUAAUAAAUGAACCCGGGUUUGACGUAGGCUUUACGGACUUCAUACAAGGAUUUCCGCAUGCUCACGACUUAGCGAAACCAAGGAUGGGAGACGGCGAUUUCGGGAAGAAUAAAGUGCUUUUAGACAUCGAUGGCAACUCGCAUUCGUUCAAUAGGCAGUUAGUCAUCGCUCGCGCCGGAUCGGCGAUGCUGCGCAUAAACGUGUUCAACGAUUGGUUCAGUAGAGGUUUAGAGGACGGCGAGUUUAGCUUUACGGUAAAUCCAGAAAACGUGCUGGCAGAAGCGAGGGCGUUUCGCGACGACAAGCUCCUCGGCGGAAAAGAAGGAGAGUUGGAAGACGUGCGACAAUCGGCGAUGGCUUUACAGGAUUUGGCGCAAUGGCUCGACGAGAGCGUCGGCGUGCGGUACAUGGGACAGAUGAUCAAACGGUACGUAAACGCGAUGACAUUAGUAGACUAA